AUGCCAUUAUUGUCAUAUAUCAUUGCUACAAAAUCAUCCUUAAUAUCUUUAGAUCAAAUUAAAAAACAACAAAAAAUUUAUUUUUGUAAAACUUAUCAUGCAAGGUUUUGGCCCAUAAAUCAUUCUUUUAAAUACCCUAUAAUAUUUGUUGGAGUUGAUUUGGAUUUAUUAGAACAAGAGAAAUAUAAAAAAGUCGGAAAGAGAUUGUAUGAAAUCGGGUAUAAUAAUAGUUCAAUUUUAUUGAAUAUAAAUGAUGAUGAUUAUCUCGGAGAAAUCAAUGCUGGUGAUCAUAAUUUGAAAAAUCCAUAUCUACAAAGACCAAAAAAACAGAUUAAAUCAAUCAAAGAAAAAUUAUUAUGGCAUAUAAAUCAGCAUAAUAUUCCAGUGGAUGAUUUAUGUAGAUUUGAAUUAGUUACCAUGCCAAGAUUUUUAGGAUAUGCAUUCAAUCCGGUUAGUUUUCAUUAUUGUUACAAUAAAAGUAAUCGACUUCAAGUUAUUGUAUUAGAAGUUAAUAAUACUUUCGGAGAAAAACAUUUAUAUGUGUAUGAUAUGAGUUUUACCAUGAAACGAUCAUUUCAUGUGUCACCAUUUAAUGACCGUUUAGGAAUUUACAAGGCGUUCUGUAAAGACCCUAAAUCAGGUUAUUUGGAUGUGAGGAUCGUAAUGUACGCGGAUCCAUCAAUUUCGGAUCAUAAACAUUUACCAUCCGAAGAUAACAUUCCGAUCAAAUCACAAUUUAAAAAGAAAAUGGUCGCUACCGCAUCAGGACCUUCAUAUGCCUUAACAAUGAACAGUUUAUUAUAUGCUAUCAUGACAUACCCUUUUGAAAUAUUUUUAACAUUUCCAAGAAUAUUAAAAGAGGCAUACAAAUUACAUUAUAAUAAAACGUUAGGGGUUUAUCAUAGGCCAAUUCCCGUCGAUGGCACUGUCGUAAAAUUGGAACCAAAUUCAAUUGAUUUAUAUGCCCAAAAAAUCAUCACGAGAUAUUUAGGUCACUUAGUAGACAACCUAGACAAUUCAUUUGGAUCAACUCGUAUUACAAUCAAUUUACCUGACAAGAAUAAAUCACCAAUCAUCAUUCGUCCAUCUAAUUCGCUUUCGACAAUGAUACUACCAUAUUCAAAUCAUAUAAUUAUCAACCUUCAUAAUUAUUCAUUUUUUACGAAUUUUUUAAUAAAUCAAAAUAUUUAUAGAGCUUUAUUAAUAGGUUAUUUUGAAAAAGCAUGGGAUUGUAACGAAUUGGAAUGGUUAUUAAACGUGAUCUUUAAUAAUAAAUCAUUUGAAGAGAAGGAACCUUUACACAGAGACCAUAAAAUUAGGUUAAGUAAUUUUGAAAAUAGAAUAUCAAAGUUAAGGAGAUGGUAUUGGACAAAAUUAUUUAAAGAUCCGGUAAGUUCAGGUGAAAGAGCCAAAAAGGAAUUUGAUCAAUUAUUACAAAACAUGUGGCCUCCUACAGGUGUUGAAGAAGACUUCAUUGCUACUAUAGUACAAAAUAACGUUUGUUUUGAUAUUAGACUAAACGCAACAAUAAUUCCACAUGAAAGGGUAUCAGUAGCGUUAAGAGAUUUAUUGGCGAUAAAUAAUGAAGGAAGUAUCAUAGCAUUAUUUUGUUAUACCCAUCUUUAUAUGUUAUCUCCAAUCACGUAUCCUUUAUCAACAACAAUAUCAAAAAUAACUCCUAUCAUAGAAUCAAAACUUCACUUAUUGCCAUUUCCGCCAAGGUACCUACCAUAUGAGAAUAAAGAACCGUUAAAACAUCCAAUAGAUAGAUUCGUAUAUUCAAGCCAUCUAUUUACUAAUCAAGAUCAACUCAAGUAUACUUGGAUGAUGUUAUUAAUGGUAUUGGGUUAUAAAAGUGAUGCGGGAUUAUGGCAAAUGUUUACAGGAUUUGUGGAAGGACCUAGAGGUAAUCCUUAUUUUGCUGAAAAAUGGUUAUGGGAGGGUAUUGUUGAUUUAUUAAAGAGGUAUGAAAGGAACGAAGAGGGCGAGGAAGAAGAACAAUGGGUUGAAUGUGAUAGUGAUGUUGAAAGUGUUAAAAGCAUUAACAUUAAGAGUUCAAAUAUCAAGAAUGAAUAUAGUACAGAGAAAAAUAUAUUUGAUGGUUGGGAACUUGUUUAUGAAAGAACAAAUAGUUAUGAUAAUUUACAAAGGGUCAAAUCAAUAUCUACUCCAAAUUUACCACCACCGUCAUCAUCACCAAAUAUUUCUAAACCUAAGCAACUUAUUAAUCAUAAUCCUGUUAUAGAAGAAGACAGACAACACAGAUUAUGGUUAUUCAUUAAAACUUUUAGAGAAGUAAUGUUGUUGAGAAAUGACUUAAAAUAA